CUCCUCCUCUCUCUCUCUCUCUCUCUCUCUCUCUCUGUGCGCGGGCUAUUAGAUUGGAAGAGCCGUCUCUCCCCCCAAAUCUCUCUCUCUGCGCGAGCUACUAGAUUGGAAGAGCUCCGAGAGAUGGGAGUUGGAUUCGUGGUCGGGGUUUUUGGGGGCCUUAUUCUCGCCCACGCCGCCUAUUACACAAUCCAAUACAGAGGCAUGCUGAAGAUCGUGGAGGAAGAAUUCUCGGGUCCUCCGAUGACUGUUGUGGUGGAGCUGCUCCUGGGGUUAGCUUUGUGCACAUGGGCCGGGCUAGCCGUGCCCGCGAAGUUCCUCUCCAUACUCCCUGAUUCGGAUGAGAACAGGAUUGUUUGCUUACCAGCCAACCUGGACUUCAUGAUAUUCAAUCACCGAGGCAAAAUAUUACCAACCAAUACAGAAUUGAAGUUCAAGAUGUAGGAUUUUUAGUAAUCUUGAAGAUCCUGGUUUUCUUCCAAAGCCUAGUCGAAAGACAAUAUCUGAGUUUAGGGGUUUAAUGUCUUGGAACAAGUGUUGACCCUUGUUUGUUUUAUUUUGAUUCUCAAAGACCAAAACAACGGUUCUUUUGAAAUGCAGGCAGCUUACAUUACAUGUUUGAAACAGCAGAGAUGAUGUUCAUUGGUAAUAUUUAUGCAAUGUACAACUCUUAGAAAGUAGACACUAGUUAACUUUUAUACCAAAAAACAGGAUGAUGGUAAAUCUUAGUAAUAUUUGAA